AUUCAUCGGCUAAAGAGCGAAACCGGCGAAACGGCGGCAAAAAAAAAAAAAAGGAAAAAAAAGCGUUCGACAGAUUAAUUUCGCUUUAGCUUUACCGCCAGGUCGACAGGCGAUAUCAGAAGUGUCAUUAUCGAAAUGGCACCGAACGCCCGAGUUGUGUGGCCGCGUAUUUUCUUGUUCGGCGACUCGCUAACACAGCAAUGCUUUUCAACCGAAGGCGGCUGGGGAUCUGCUGUUGCCGCCGCAUUCGAGAGGAAAUGCGAUGUGGUUGCCCGCGGCUUCUCCGGUUACAACUCGCGCAUGUGCAAGCACGUCCUCCCCCGAGUCCUGGGCCCAGAGGACGCCAGCACAGUGGCGGCGUUCGUGCUUUGCCUUGGCGCCAACGACAGUUCGAGCCUUGUUGAAGGCGGGAAUCCAGUAGUGCCCCUGGACGAGUUUGUCCAGAACAUGGAGGAGAUGCUGUCUCACGUCAGAAUGUGUGGUAUACCGUAUGACAAGGUCAUACUUAUCACACCACCACCACCAGAUCAGAAGGCUUGGGCUGCGCACUGUAAAGAAGUUGGACAACCGCUGAGGUACCGAAGCCUCGGCUGCACUGCAAAAUAUGCGGAAGCCUGCAAGGAGCUGGGGUCUCUGAGACACCAUGCCGUCGUCGACGCCUUCUCGGCAUUUCUGAAGGAGCAGAAAUGGGAGAACCUGUUGGUGGACGGACUGCACUUCUCACGGGCCGGCGUGGGCAAGCUUACGGAGCUGCUGAUCCCACACCUGGAGAAAGCAGCCGGCCAGCUUCCCUGCCUGUUCCCAAACUGGAGGGACGUUGAUCCCAAUCGCCCCGAGCUGUCCCUGCGUGCCUGGGCCCCCGGUGACUAGUCAUCGCUGCUACGUCGUGCCCAGACUUCAGAGCCAGAAGCUAGUUGUCAUUAUUGCUACACAAUGCCCCAACUUCAAAGCCAGAGGCUGCGGGGAAGUGGCUCACCACUUUGGUGCAGUGCCGGCAUGGCGGUCAUCUUCUAAAUGCAUAGCAUUUAUAGGGCCAGCCUCGGGGAUUUUGUGUCCGUAUCACGUAACCUCGAUAAUGUCACAGUGUCGUGCAACACUGGUGAAAUCAAUUGAUGCCACGUGAUAUCGCAGGGUCACAUGGCAGUGUGGUGGCUGUAUAUUCACAACACCCUCGCAAUGUACCCUGCAGUGGUUUCCUAACUUUGCCCACAAAAGGGGGAGCACGAAGAGAGCCUAAAAAUUUGCCUUUGGGAAAUGCCAGGCAUCAAACUUUGUGAUAAAAUCUGUAUUUUGUUGCGUGCAUAAACUGAAAUGAAUAAAAGCAGGCUCAAUCAUGUUCAGCGUGUGUUUAACUA